GUUCUAAUAUCGUUGAUCGUGGCUGCUGCAAUGGCAUAUUUCCCCCCUAUCGUAAACAAAAUUCGCUGCUCAUUGGAAUCCAGACGGUGUUCCUUUUCUUUAUUUAUUAAUUCACGCCUCCGUUCGUCGAAACUCUUUAGUGCGAUUUCCAUGUCCGCCUAGUUUUGGAAUGAAUGAACCCCUUCCUUCGUUACUCUCAAGGCGGGCAGAAAAAAUGGCAGAUAACGUUGAUUUCCUACUCACCCAAGGUGUCCUCAAUGCAUCGGAUGCUCGCUUAAUAAAAUUGAAACUUUCAAAUCCAAAUAACUCAUCAACGAGCUUAGUAGGCCCUCCAUCCGCCGGCUUGCCUAACCAACAGACUGGCUUCAACAGCUCAAACACAAGUUUGCCAUCUGUCAGCAGGCGCGCUAGCCUUAGUCUUCGCAACAACAACAACAAGGAUUCUCCUCUGCCAAGUCCACCAGGAGCACCACAGCCCCAGAUGCUCCCAAUUCCAACCACUGUCCAGCCACAAGUCCAGCCACCACCAGCUCAAGUUCACGCACCACCACCACCGCCUCCUCAGGCACCAAUACCGGUCGUACCUCCACAACCCGCCCUGAACAAGUGUACUGCCCGUUGGGACUACUCUGGUGAAGCCUCUGAUCUAAGACUCGUCAAGGGUGAUGUCAUCACAAUCCUCGAGGAGGUUAAUGCUGAUUGGUGGCGUGGACGCAGCGACAGCACGGGCCAGGAAGGUCUAUUCCCAAGCAACAGAGUCGAAAGAGUAUCUCAACCAUUAAGAGGUCUCCCACCAGCACCACCAUCGUCUACAUUCGGCGGUACUGGAGAGAAGGAGAAAGAAAAAGAUGAGAGUUACGCACCAGCGUACAACGCUCCACCAGGUAUCUCCUACGGCGGUCCAAACUAUGCUAAUGCACCUGCAUAUCCACAGCCAGGACAGUAUUACACCCCGCCAGCAGCUCCACCAGCAGCUGGUCCAACCACCUACGUUCAGCAACCAGAUGAACAGAAAAAGAACAACAAGUUUAAGAAAUUAGGCUCAACCAUGGGUAAUUCCUUUGCUGGCGGUGUCGGUUUCGGUGCCGGUGCUGGUGUCGUCUCAAGCAUUUUCAACUAAACAUGAAAAUUUCUUGCUAAAUUGAAACAAAAAUACUGUAUAACGUCAUACGCUCAUACGAUUAUACCAUGAAAACAAAUACAAUCUGUAGUAUACAACAAUCAACAUACACCACACUUAAUAUAUCUACGCUCUUUACAUAAUUUUCUAUACAUUUUUCUAUUAAUACAC